GGGGUGAGUGUGUGAGAGGGUGAGCCGGGCACAGAGAGAGGCUGGGGGAGACGGGGAGACGGGGCCCCGCCAUGGCUGCCAACAUGUACAGGGUCGGAGAUUACGUCUUCUUUGAAAACUCGUCAAGUAAUCCGUUCUUGAUCCGAAGAAUAGAGGAACUUAAUAAGACUGCCAGCGGCAAUGUGGAAGCAAAGUGCGUCUGUUUCUACCGGAGACGAGACAUCUCGGGCAGUCUUAUUGCGCUGGCCGACAAACAUGCAAUGGAAUUGGAGGAAGAAAUGGAGAACUCAGAACUGCAGGAGCUGUCAGAGAAAGAGCGACACCAGCUGAAGCAUCGCGAGCUGUUCCUGUCGCGCCAGUUGGAAUCCCUACCAGCCACACACAUCAGGGGCAAAUGCAGUGUUACUCUGCUCAACGAAACAGAAUUGUUUUUAUCGUAUCUGGAACGUGAGGACACAUUUUUUUAUUCACUUGUCUACGAUCCCCAGCUGAAGACACUUUUGGCAGAUAAAGGAGAGAUUCGUGUGGGUCCUCGGUAUCAAGCAGAUAUCAUAGAUUUAUUGAAAGAAGGGGAGGAUGAUGAACGAGAUCAGUCGAAAAUGGAAAUCAAAAUCUGGGAUGCCGAGAAUUCACUGACAGACAAGCAGAUUGACCAGUUUUUAGUGGUAGCUCGGUCUGUGGGUACGUUUGCCCGGGCACUUGAUUGCAGUAGUUCCGUCAGACAGCCCAGCUUACACAUGAGUGCAGCUGCUGCCUCCAGAGACAUCACCCAGUUUCAUGCCAUGGACACUUUGCACAAAAACAACUACGACGUUUCCAAGGCGAUCUCGGCGCUGGUCCCGCAGGGCGGGCCUGUCCUCUGCCGGGACGAGAUGGAGGAAUGGUCUGCGUCCGAGGCCAACAUGUUCGAGGAAGCGCUGGAGAAAUACGGGAAGGACUUUAACGACAUACAACAAGAUUUUUUACCAUGGAAGUCAUUAACCAGCAUCAUAGAGUAUUACUACAUGUGGAAAACAACCGAUCGAUACGUACAGCAGAAACGACUGAAAGCAGCUGAAGCAGAAAGCAAGCUGAAACAAGUGUACAUCCCCAACUACAACAAGCCAAACCCCAACCAAAUCAAUGGAGGGAGCGCCAAAGUUGGGGCAGUGAACGGAGGGAGCGUGCUGACACAAAACGGAGCCGCAGCAGGACCGGGGCGAGCCUGUGAAAGCUGUUUCACUACCCAAUCUUACCAGUGGUACUCGUGGGGUCCUCCGAACAUGCAGUGCAGGCUGUGCGCGGCUUGCUGGGUUUACUGGAAAAAGUAUGGUGGAUUGAAGAUGUCAACGAGGCUGGACGGUGAAAGACCAGGACCAAAUCGCAGUAACUUGAAUGCUCUCGGCCUUCCAAUUCACAACAGCACCAGUCCCAAGUUCGCACUGAAGACUCGACAGGCCUUUUACCUACAGACAACCAACCUGACAAAAGCUGCCCGACGUUUAUGUCGAGAUAUCCUGCAGCCCCUGCAGGCGGCAAGACACCCCUACGUGCCUAUUAACAGCGCCGCCAUCAAGGCAGAAUGUGCAGUGCGAUUGCCUGAUGUUACGAAGAUGCCCACAGCAUUGAAACAAGCUGUAAGGAAACCUUUGGAAGCAGUUGUGAAAUACCUAGAGGCCCAUCCCUGUCCAAAACGAGAGCCAGCAAAGAGCACAUCCAGUAGCAGUCUGCACAUCAGCAGCCUGACUCACGCAAAGGCCAUACCCAUCCUUAACAACGGCUCUCCAACCAUCCUCGGCAAACGCAGCUACGAGCAACAUAACGGCAUAGACGGCACGAAGAAGCGUCUGCUGAUGCCUUGUAGGGGUGUGACAAACCAUGGACAAGGGAGACCGAUGGGAGCAGCUGGAAACUACAUGAUCAAUGGGAAGUCUUGCCCAGCCAGUGUCAGAGUUCUCCGAGGAGGCUCAAUGCCACCAGUGAAGCGUAGGAGGCUGAACUGGAUCGAUGCCCCCGGCGAUGUCCUGUUCAUGGCAACUGAUGAAACCAGGAAGAUUCGCAAGUUACUUUCUUCCUUUGAGAGGAGGCGAGGUGCCAGGCAGCCCCAUGAGCCGAUCAGCAUUGAACAACGCCAUGCUAACCCCGCACAAGCCUCACGGCAGCCAACCAACGACCAGCCAAUUGUCAUAGAAGAUUAACAGAGGAGAGAGACGGGGGGGACGGGGGCCACCUCGACGGAGAAUCUGUACAACACACUUGGGGCCAAUUUAAUACUGACAGUGUUGACUUUAACCCAUUGAUGAAGAUUUUUUUUGUUUCCUUUUUAAAACUUUAGAAUAAUUCGAAGCAGCCUCCAUCUUUGUAACGAACCAAAUUCACGUACCUUGCACCAGCUUCCGAUUCAGCAAGCAAGUGAUGCGUUCCGAUAGUCGAUCCUUCCCUUAGCUCAUUGGGGCUUCUCUGAUCAGACGGAAAGCCCAGAUUUAACUUAUUAAGCAAAAAAAAACGAAUUGUGUGUUUUCAGCCCGUGGCAGUUCAGAGUGCUAAAGGUGAGACCGUGUGGGUUCUGAUUAAGUGCUGGCAGAUGCUCUGAUGCUUUGAGAAAAAAAUGUAAAUCGGCAGGUCAAACCUUUCCGGUCCAUUGUAAGGGCAGCCCAGGAAUCGGCAGCACUCGGUAUGAUUAUGCGCAUCAAGGACUGAAGAACUGUUAAAGAUUGUGUUUGGGAGGAGGCACCAGCUGGGGUUCCUGUUCCUGAUAGUUUUACUAAGGCAGCCAUGUUGGGGGAUGGCAGUUCCCAUCCACAUGACUCUACAGUUGCUAUGAGACUGGCUCCCAGGAGGUGCUUGGGAGUGGCUCAAAGACUGAUAUCUCCUUGGUCAGAGGAUAAAAAAAUCCUAAUCUCUUCUGACAAGUUCAAAUUUGCAGGAAUUUUUCUGGGCUUUGUCGACUGUCAUGAAUCCCAAUUAGCCGUUUUACGGAUCUCGCAAAUCAAACGGAUUCCGAUAUUCACAAACCGGAACUAGCAAUUAAUGCAACAAUAUCCAGUUCACGAAAUCCCAUGAAGGUGGAGGUCAAGGGCGAGUUGUGCUCCUAUUUCUAAUUUCUAUUUGCCUGGAUCAGUGAUGUUUCAAUGCGCGCAGAGAGCAACAAAUAGGUCUUUUAAAUGUUUUUAUGAAGGUAUGCAAACCCCAUAGCUUGCUGAAAUGUUUCUUUCUCUUUUUUCUGAACUUCCCCUGGCACACAUGACCUCCAGUGUUGACAGGCAGGGCAGAUCUGCAUUAACUCAUGUGCGACAAUGCAGUAACCAUGCUUCCUCCCACUGCAAACAUUGCUGGUCCCUUAGGAAAAGCUUCCCAGAAAGCUUGGGACUGGAAGUCAGUGUAGAGGGAUUCUGGAACCCACAUCCCAGUGUUCCAUGACCACCAUCUCCAUAUCCAAUAUCAACUAGGCUGCCCCGUAAAUGACCCCGAAGGUUUGACAGAGCCUCACAACGUGGCAUCUACCAGCAUCUGAGUGUCGGUGUCUCGUUCACUUGGUCGACAACAUUUUUUUUUACUUUGGAAGGUUUGGUUUGAACACAAGUAAAUGAAGAGCAAAGAAUUUCCUGUUUCUGAGUAAAGGGACUUUUAUGUUAAA